AUGUUUCAGCCUGCAGGAUCAGCUGAAAUCAUUCGUUCCCAUCAGAAGGACGAUAACUUCUUAAACACGCUUAGAUCGGCCACUACCGAUGUUUUUCAAAGAAUUGCAGGACCCAGAUCUUGGAUUCAGUGGAGGAGGCAUGUUGAUAUUGUAGCAGAGCUAGCCUAUUUUUUUCUGACAACACUAUCAGAACUUCAGACGGUUGGGGAGGAGUAUGUAAACAUUAUACAGACAGAUAAGUCACUGAAAGCUUUGCCACCACGAUGGAGAAGAGCACUGAUGGUCAUCUUGCAAGUGUGUGCUCCACAUAUUCUACAAGCCACACUGGACAAAUUGGAACGACAUGUGCGAAGUUCAAGUCGGCUCUCACUGAAACCUGCCACAAAAGAGACAAUACUUCGCAUCAUUCCACUCAUUCGGAAAUUAAUAACAAUCAUACACAGAGUUCACCUGACUGUUUUCUACAUGGACGGCAUCUUCUAUCAUUUAGCCAAACGAAUAGCCGGAGUACAUUAUGUUCAAUAUAUGUCCAGAGAUCGAAGCCAUAGUUCUGUGCAACCAUUUAAGAUUCUUGGCUACUUGUCUGUUUUCCAGUUAAUUUUGUCCUUGCUUCUGCAUCUGGUUUAUUUAGUACUUGCCUUCAAGAACCAAAAACAGACAUCCCAGACUUCAGGCUUUCACAGAGAUGUCCCUUUGUGUCUGGAGAGGCGGAAGAGAACCACACUGACUCCUUGUGGGCACCUGUACUGCUGGUCAUGUAUACAUGAGUGGUGCCUGUCUAAACAAGAAUGCCCAUUGUGCAGAGACCAGUUUCCACCACACAGAUUGGUUGUCCUGCAGAAUUUUGACCCAACAUAA